CAACGCCUCUCCAGACUCCUCCAUCAACGAUAUCUUUCUCUUUACUAUGUCUUCUAUGACUAUUUCCAUGCCCAACACAUGCAUAUACCCAGAGGUUGUGCAGACCAUGCCUGAAAAGGUACCCAUGAUGCUUGCUGGCAAGAAAAUGCCUAAUGAGGACCAUUGGCUUGACUGGACAACAUGCUGUCACACCUACUUCACCAACAAGGAGACCUUGAAGGCUGAGAACUAUGUCACCAAUGUCGCUGGUGGUAUCAAGUCCCGCUGUGUAGCACUAUGGUACCAGGCCAAUCAUGUCAAGCUCAACAAGCUAUCUUUCAAGGAAUUCCUCUCCAAGUGCACUGGUUCCUUUGCCAACCUUGUGAACACGAUGAUCAAUGAUAAUAGCACCCUUACCAGUUCUACCUAUCACCUCGAUGACAGCCAACUACGCACUCAACUCAAGCUUGCUAUGGACCCCCUCCUAUGUUCUAAAGUGGACAAAAAUGAGAAGAUCUCUGCUGAAAAAGACCUUGAUCUUUGGGUCGAUCUUGUUGUCAUCACCGAUAAAAAACGUACCUGUGAAAGGGAAGCCCAUCAACUUGAAGUAGAAGAAGCCACACAGAAGAUCCUCAACAAUGACAAAAAGAGGUCUGCAUCUGCAGCAGGGCUUACAGAUGUGUCUCACUCAGGAUCAAACCCAGCCCAAUCAUCUUCUUCCAAUCCUGCACCAAUUCCUUCUUACUCUGGCUGUCCAAGGCUUCCUCAAAUCACUGAGACGGAAUUCAGCUAUCACACUCUCACUCAGGCUGAUGUGGACAAUGCUCAUAAUGCAUUACCUAUGAACCAUCCCCUCAAAUUUGCACAACCAAACCCUCCCAUCACUGCUACCUAUGUCUCUGCUCCCCCACAAUACAAUGUGGCACCACCUGCACCACAAAUUGUACACUCUCAUACCUACCCCCCCUUAUACCCUCAGCCUGCUGUGGCAGCUGCUGUGACUGCUACAGCUGACCUUCCUGCACCCACAGCAGCAUGCCUCCCACCAAACGACCUGAAACAGUCAAUGCUUGAUGCAUGGUUCACACUUAAUGAGGCAUCCCUGGACUCAAAUGACUCUAGAUUUGUGAGUACUUCGCCUGUUGCUGCUGUCUCUUCUCCUUCUGUGCCUACUACCUCUACUUCUGUCCCCUUUUUACUACCUCAUCUCUUUUGGCAUUGUGCCAUCGAUGAUCUGGCCUCUCCUUUCUCUCGUCACAAUCUUGACCUUGAUUUGCCUGUGACUCAACCUUGGUCCUCCUGGGCAAAGACUGCACCUGCUGCCACCAUGCUUCAAAUCACUAUGGACAGUGCCAUAUUGGAUGCCAUCUGGGUGGAAUACAAGGAUGAUGAGUUCUGCAAAAAGUUGGCAUCCACAGAUACCUGUAACCCACUAGUCUGA